AUGUCAGCUGAAGAAUCCGCUCAGGACCCUGUUAAUUCAAUGGCUGCUGUAACAGGUGAAAAAAAUGCUAAUGAGAAUGCUACCAUAGUUGAAGAUAAUUCUGUGGCAGAACAAGUUGAAGAACAAGGAGGGGAACAAGUGGAAGCGGAAGAAGAAGAAAUCGAUGAUUUAUUCGGUGAUGAUGACAACGAAGAAGAUGAUGGCGAGGAUGAGUCUAUUCUUAGAAAGAAAAGAGGCGUCGCUGAGAGUGGUGAUGACGACGAUGAGCAUAAUGAUCAUGAUGACAUUGCUAGAAGACGUAGAGGGUAUAUGGAUGAAGAUGAAGAUGAAGAACAUGCUAUGUACACAAGAAAGUUUUAUGGUGAUGAAGAUGUUAAUAAAUAUGAUGAAGAUGAGAAUAUGCAUGAAUUCAAAGAAGCUGACGUGGAAUUGGUGAGACAUAUAGUUCCUUACAAAAUCUUAGAACAGAAAAAUGAUAAUUCUAAAGAUGAUGCCACUAGUAAAAAUUCUACAUACUAUGCUAGAAUUCCUCCAUUUUUAACUAUCGAUCCUGUUCCAUUUGAUCCACCACAGUUUGAGUCUGAAGUGAAAGAGCGUCUAGAAAACACUACCAAUGUUAAGGAUCGAAUAGGUGAUAGAUUGAUUGAUGAAAAUACUAUUCGUUGGAGAUAUUCGCGUGAUGCAAACCAAACUGUUUUCAAAGAAUCUAAUGCACAAAUCAUUCAAUGGUCAGACGGUUCCUAUUCUUUAAAAUUAGGUGAUGAUUAUACUGAUCUGUUGGUCAAUGACAUAAGUAAUACAUUUCUGACAGUUUCCCAUGAUCAACAGGAAUUGAUGCAAUGUGUGGAUGGUGGUGAGAUUUCUAAAUCUGCAAUGUUUGUUCCAAUUUCCACCAAUUCUAGACUACAUCAAAGACUAUCCAAAGCCAUUGCUAGAAGAGAUCAGAACUCUACGGAAAGUCCACGUUCGAUGAUCAUUAAUGUUGAUCCAGAAAUUGAGAAGAAGGAAUUGGAGAAGAAGCAAAGUCAAAUCUUUAGAGAUAGAAGGAAGAGAAAGCAAAGAGAAAUAGAAACUGAACAAGAAGCAUUAGAUUCUCCAGGAUUCAGUCAAGGUAAUUAUGGCUCAUCGAGUUCCAGAAAACGUGGACAAACACCAUCUUACGAUCCUCGUAGAGAAAGAGCUGAUGAAUACGAAGAAGAUGACUUCAUUGUUGAUGAUGAAGGAGAAGAAGAUGAUGACGUGGAGGAUGACGUGGAGGAUGAAGAGGAUGAAGAUGAGGAAGAAGAAGAGGAAGAAGAAGAACGUAACUUAGAAAGAUUAAAGAAUUCCAAGACACAGAAUGAUUUUGAAGUAGAAGAAGACUCGAAGAGAAGAAAAGUUGCAGUCAUCGAUGACGAAGACGACGAAUAA